GACGAUGUGUGAAUUGAAUUGACCUUUUAAAUUAGCUCCUACUCAGCACUGCGACCAGAAAAAAAUACCAAUCUUGAUCGUUACAUUGUAGCGAAGAAUUCUAUCCACACUCCUACUUUAUAAGAUUAAGAUAAAUUAUUGCACUUCGACCAGUAAAAUAAUCUUGGAUCACAGCUCCUUUCGUUAGAAUGCCAUGAAAAGGAGAAGAAAUAAUUAUAUAAAUAAAGUGAUAAGCGUCCUUGAUAAUCGCUCUUCAAAACCUUUUUUGACAGAACAGAAAAACUUAUCAUGAAGACAAUGGUAUUUUACGCAAUUUAAAUUUAUUUCUAAUAUUAAAAAAAAUCAGUGAAAAUCAGGUACUAUGUAUUCCUUGCCGUUGGCUACUGCUGUGUUGACAUUAUUUAUAACAUGGUUAGCCGUUUAUUUUUGGAAAAGGAACCGAAAACUGCCCCCCGGCCCCUGGGGGUUACCGGUAUUAGGCUAUUAUCCUUUCUUAACGUCCAGGCCGUAUAUGAAAUUCGUAGAAUUGGCUAAAACAUAUGGAAAUAUAUUUAGUUUUCGAACAAGCGGAGGUAACUUGAUUGUGGUUGUGAAUGGUGCAAAAAAGGUAAAAGAGAUUUUUGUCAACAGAACGGAUGAAAUUAUUGGCAGGCCCAGAGGAAGCAAUUUGGUAUCUUGGUCAACAGAUGGAUUAGGAAUCACUCAAGAAGAAGGAGCAGACUGGCGUGAACAAAGGCGCUUCUUCUUGCAAACCGCCAAAACCCUGGGUUUCGGAAAGUCGGAAAUGGAAGAUUUAUUGCACGAAGAAGUGAGAGGUUUCAUUCAGGACUUACGCGAAACUAACGGUACAUCAACUGAUAUUAAGCAUUCAUUGGCAUAUGCCACAGGAAGUGUCGCAACCAGACUCUUGUUCAGUACUAAAUUUCAGAAAAAUGACCGGAGAUUUCAAGAUAUGUAUGAAGGUUUGGUGGAAUUAUUAAAACUUUUCAUCAGUAAUGUUAAUUUCCUGGUUGGACCAUACUUCGAUUUAAGUUUGUGGCUUCGGUCAGACAUGAGCAAAAUCCAACAAGGAAAAAAACACGUUUAUGAGGUUGCGAAUUUCGUCAUAGAACAACACGUAAAGUCAUUCGACGUCAACAACCCCAAGGAUCUGGUCGAUGAGUUUCUGAAGCUUAUGCACGAUGACCGAAAGAAAGGAGGAAAUUCUUUUACACACAAACGACUUCAGGCUGCAGUUAUCAACAUUUUUAUUGAUGGGGUUGAAUCUGUAACCACUGCUAUCACGCUGCUCUUACUGGAACUUAGCAAAUAUCCUGAUGCCCAAAGUAGAAUUCAAAAGGAGCUGGAUGCAAUUGUUGGGCAGGAACGCUUACCGUCCUGGUUGGAUCGCCAAAAUAUGCCAUACUUCGAAGCUGUUAUUCAGGAACUGUGGCGAUUUUCCGCCCCUGUCGCUGUCACAACGUUGUAUUCAAAUUUCAAGGAUAUGACGAUUGAUAACUACACAAUUCCGAAACGAAGCAUCUUGGUGGCCAAUCUGUGGAGUGCAAACAACGAUCCAGAACUCUACAAAAAUCCUGAAGAGUUUAAACCCGAAAGAUUUUUGAGUACUGACGGAAAAAGAGAUAAACGAGACGGACCAUAUCCGUUUGGAUUGGGCAAAAGGUCAUGCGCUGGGGAGUCUUUAGCUCAAAUGGAAGUGUUUGUGUUUUUGGGAUCAAUUCUUCAGAAUUUUUGUGUUCUUCCAGGAAAUAGUGAUCACGAACUGAGAAUGGUGCCGAGGGACUAACCAGAAGUUUCACUUUAUCAUCAGAAAAUGAAAACAUCUGCUGUAAAAUAGAUUUUACAAAUCUCUAAUAAUAAAUAAC